UUAAGCACUAAGCAAACUCUCCCUCUCUCUCUCCCUCUCCUCUCUCUCUCUCUCUCCUCCCUUCCUCUUUUUCACAACUUACAAUCAUCACUUUUCAUUUUCUUUCUCCAAAAUUCUCCCCCAACAGAACCAAAAGGAGAGUCCCUCCAAAACACCGGAAAGAGGAAGGGAAAGAACCCAAAAAGGACCAAUCUUUUGCAUCAUCUCAUUCUCACGUCUUCCCCCCCCGCCUUGUUUGCUGGUAUCAAACAAUGUGGCAAAAGCAGCCGAGCACCUCCUCCUUCAGAGAAUCCAUCAAAGCUCUCGAAGCUGAUAUACAACAUGCCAAUAGCCUGGCAGCUGGUUUACCAAGAGAUUAUUGUGGCGACAGUAUUCAGAUGAGAUUGUCAUACAGUCCUUUUGCACCGUUCUUAUUGUUUCUGAUUGAAUGGAUGGACUGCCUUUGUACAGAUUCCAUCCCAAGUUAUUUAGGCCUUGUUCAGAUCAUAAUAUACCAGGUUUAUGUUGACGGCAUGCCGACAAUGUCUUCGAAAGAAAGAAAAGUCCUGAGGGAAUUUUACGCUGUCAUAUAUCCUAUGUUGAGGCAACUGGAAGCCCAGUUUAUACUAAUUGAAGAUGACAAGGACAAAAGAAGCCAAGCAGAGGAUGUUUCAAGCAGAAAGCGGGCAGAAGACAAGAGGAGAAUUGGCGAUGAAGAUAUUGACAAGGAAGAUGAAUGUGCCAUAUGCAUGGACCGUUUUAAUAAGAUGGUACUGCCAAGCUGCGGGCACUCCAUGUGCAUCAACUGCUUUCGUGACUGGAAUGGUCGAUCUCAGUCCUGCCCUUUUUGUCGCGACAGCCUUAAGAGAGUUGGCUCAAGAGAUUUAUGGGUCCUCACGGGCGGCAACGAUGUGAUUGAUGCUGUUACUCUAGCAAAGGAGAAUCUAAGAAGUUUCUACCUUUACAUUGAGAGCCUGCCUUACUUAACACCUGAGACCCAUGUCAUUGUUUUUGAUUACAUGAUAAUCUAAUAGUGAGCAGGACUGAAGAGUUACACCGUCAUUGUAGGUAGAGAUGUUGCUAGCCUUCCAUUAUUAGUGAAGCCUAGGUACAUACAUGAAUGUGGAAGCUCAAGCAGAAGCCAAGGUAGCUGUGCGUAGAUGAGUUCAUUCCUGAUUUACCAACAUUAUCUUGGAAAUUUGGGUGAAAUCAGGUGGAUCAAUAUAUAGUCCUGCAUCGUCUCCUCUCAUCGUGGAAGCAAUUCUCAAGCUUCUGCAAGAAUGAGAGCUAGAUGAGUGUAUAGUACAGAAACAGGGCAUUGAUUGGCAUUCAGCCCAGCUACUUUGUACCUGACUACUGGAAUGCAAAAUGUCACGCUCUGGGAGGUUGGUUGAUGUUUAUAGUCCCGCUAAAGGGGCCUCUGGCAUUAAGCCUGCUGAUUAUAAAUGGUACAGGUGAAAUAAUUUAUGACGAACUUGAAAGUUAAUCAUCUUUCCUGUGCCAACUCUAUUGCAAUGAAGCAUUAAGUUGAAUUUUAAAGGAAGUUAGAUUCACUUUCGUUGUACUCUUCAGUUUUUAUGGUGCAUUCAUUCCCAGAAGCUUUGUAACUUAAAUGAAAAUUUUCUUUUCUCCA